AUGGCCGACAGCUCGAUAUCCGAAGCAUCGCUGAAGGCCUCCAUCACAGAGCGCCUCAAGGCGGUUCAUGUCGAGGUCACAGACAUGUCUGGUGGUUGUGGUCAAGCCUUUACGACAUUGAUUGUGUCCCCCGAAUUCACUGGAAAGAACUCUCUCAAGAGACAUCGGCUUGUCAAUGCAGCUCUCAAAGAGGAAAUAGCCGCAAUACACGCCUGGACCGCCAAGUGCCAGACACCCGAGGAAUACAACAAGGAAGUGGCUGCGACUGGUGCCGAUGGGCCAUCGCUAGAUGGGACAGUAGGGGGCAAGGUCGAGGGAGUCAAAGAUUGA